GUAUAAAUUUUGAAGAUCUAACUUUCUUUAGAAUUAAAGCAGACAAAAGAGCUUUGAGAUAAGCUUAACAUAUAGAGAGGCUUGCUUCUUUGCACAGGGCUUGACUUAAUUAAAAGAUUUUCUUUUUCUUUUUCUCAAAUUAUUUGGAACAGAUUGAAAAGAAGAUCAAGCAUUUUUUUCUGCCAGUACAAGUCUUGGAAAGAUAUCCCUGGAUUGUAGUAAAUCAAGAGGAGGAAAGAAGCUAUAAGCUAAGAGAAGACUCCAGUUUACAGAACAUUGUAUAGAUCCUGUGUCUACUGGAAACUCUUCUGAGAUUUUACAUUUUUUUGAGAGAGAAGACAGAAAUGGCCAAAAACUUUUGCCGCAAAAAAAUUUUAAAUUACAAAAUGCUGUGUACACGAAGAUUGUUCCAACAGUGGACUUUUGCAGUUUUUCUUCUAUGUUCUUCUGUGCCAUGUCAAGGAAGACCUAUUGAUGCUGUCAGCAACAAAGUGAGGAGAGCAGUAUCGGAGCACCAGCUUUUGCACGACAAGGGUCGGUCCUUCCAGGAGCUGCAGAGGCGGAUCUGGCUGCAGAACCUUCUCGGUGAGGUGCACACUGCAGAGAUCCGGGAGCUGCCCAGCCGCACCACAAACCCCAAGCCAGCGGGCAGCACCAAGAACUACCCCAUAGGCCUAGGGGUGGAGGAGGAGGGUACCUACCUGCCGCAAGAGACCAACAAAUCACAGAUCUACAAGGACCCGCCCAUUAAAGCCAAUGGCAAAAAGAAGAAGGGCCGGUCAGGGAAACGCAGGGAAAACGACAAAAAGAAAAGGAGAGCGCGCUCGAUAAGUCUCUGGGAGCCUGGCAAUGGAUACAGCCUGGAAUGGGCCCCAUACUUAAGCCUGGGAGAGCUCCUACACUAGGGGGAAACCUCUGAUAAAGGUAUUCUGAGGAUAUUUCGUUGGAACACCUGAAGAAUCCUGUUGCAGUCUUCUGUAAUAGUGACCAUAUGUAAAGUAUUAGGGAAAAUAUUUAUUGUCUGUACAUAUUUGAAACGUACCAGGAUAUUAAUAAUAUUAAUUAUAAUAUUAAUAAAAAGUUUUGCAUUGUUCAGUGGAGCUGCAGAUUUUGGUCUUUUUUGUGAAUAUUUUUCUUCUGUUUUUUUUUCUGCCACA